GAGAAAGAGGGAGGCAUCGAGCCAGCAGCUCUGGGAUUUCUUCAGAGUUCGCUUUCCUCUUUAACGAGGAGAGAGACCUGUUUGGUCGCUAACGUUCCUCUUUUGCAAAACCAGUUGUCAUUUUUGUGUACAUUUCCUGGGAUUAACACGUUUGUUGUGUGUAUUUUUAUAUGAACCAUUGUUUGGGGAUUUUUAAGAAGUUUGCUUUUUUUUCCAAGCGUUGGGAUUUUACAAGUUGACUGUCAAACUCCAAAUGAGCGCCUUCCAGGGGAAGACUCACAUAGAGGAAUUGUAGCAGCCGAAGGACCCACGCGCACGACAUGGGCAAACUGCAGUCGAAGCACGCCUGCAAACGGCGAGAAAAUCCCGAGGGAGACAGCUUCGUAGUAAAUGCAUACAUUGCUCGCAGAGGCUUGGACGACGGUGACAGCAGAUAUGACGCCAAAGUGAGAGAUGCGCAGGCCUUGAUGAAUGGCGAGAUGAAGAAUGGUCAUUUUCUGGAGGAGCAGUGCCCCCUAGAGGUGGCCUUGCCUAGUGAAAAAGCAGAGGGUUGUGAAGGGCACAUUCAGUUUGUUCAUCAAGAAGAAGGUGAGAAACUUGCAACUAAGGACCACAGCAAGGUUUCGUCAAAGAAAAGGAUCAACUUGGAUGAGCUGGAAUGUGAUGUUUCUUUGGAAGGUGACAACCGUCAAGAAUGGACUUUUACUCUUUAUGACUUUGAUAACAGUGGAAUUGUAACUAAAGAGGAUAUGUCCAGUUUGAUGCACACAAUAUAUGAAGUGGUUGAUGCCUCUGUGAACCAUUCAUCUAGCAACAGUAAAACUCUCCGUGUGAAGUUGACUGUUACUCCUGAGCCAUGCAGCAAGAAGAAAGAGAUUACAGCAGCAGGACAAGAUCGAGAAGGAAGCCGUUUCAGAAAUGAAGCUGACCACCAUGAAGAUGGCCGGAAUGGUGAUAAAAGGCUUUCUGCACAUAUCAGAAAAAAUGCCUGUGAUCAGCCUCCGAGCAAUGACCGGGACUAUUACUGUGUGGAUGAGAAUACAGAAAGAAGGAAUCACUAUCUUGAUCUGGCAGGAAUAGAGAACUACACUUCCAGAUUUGAAACUGCUUUCCCAUCUUCACACACAAGACCAGAACCUCAUUGGAAAACAACUCAAAGUAAGUGUCGCUCUCAAGAGUCUGACGUUCCCAGCGUUCUUCAGCGGCAAUCACAGGUGCUUGGUGACUACCCCCAGCAAGCUGGAGAACUGCUGACUCGUGUUAUGGAUGCACCGUCUAGGAGCAAGACACAGGAGAAGCAAUUUUUAAGAGCUUCCAAAAGCUUGUCAAAAGCCGCUGGUGCAUCAGGAGGAAACGCUAGCAGUAAGAUGAGCAAAGGCUACCAUUACUAUUUGCCUCCCCAGACAACUGCAGCAGGGCAGGAUGUGUACCAUCUUCAGCCACAGCCACCACCACCAGCACCACAAAUGCAACAGCACAGUCACAAAAAGUACAGACAGAAGGUCAGAGAUGGCCAUUCUCCUCUGAAAGCAGCUCUGCCUCAACCCACUGUGAUCGAGCACGAGAUGAAACGGGAUCUGCCACCUGUGCUUAGUAAUGAUGGUUAUGUGAUACCAGUCAUCCAGAGACAUGAGCAUCACCACCAUCAUGAGCAUCACCACCAUCAUCACUACCACCAUUAUCACCAGUCGUGACUGUGUGCUCAGCAUGCUUUUCAGGCUCUUUCAUAACCUAUCCUAGGUGUGCAACGCAUGGAAGUCCAAAUGAUUCCUGUGUUUUGUAGGUGGAGAUGUGAAGCCAGAAAGCGAUGCUCAUAUGUAAAACUUUCUCCUCAAGUAUGAAUCUCAGGUGAAAUAUGCAGCUUGUAAGCUACACUGCAAAGGUGGCUCGGUGAGCACAUGCCCGACUGCAUUGUGUUGUGCUGGCAGGUGACCCGAUCACCUUGGAGUUUCAAGUAAUCACUACACCACUGCCAUUUCUAAAUGCAAAUCUAUAUCUAUAUAUAUAUAUAAAAUAUAAAUCUAUAUUACAGUGCCUUUUAUAUAUUUGAAUAAACACUUAUUUGAUUAUUAACAAUGUAGCAUGGCUAAUUGUUUACUAUUGUAUUUUAUCCUCUGGUUCCUUACUAUUUGCCGUUCAUGCUCAUUGGAUCUUUGAUUCCCUCAAUUUGAAAUUUACAUCUAGAGUAUGAAACGUAUUUUAUGACUGUAGACAAAGAAUGUAUUGCAGUGUUUUCUUUUAACUUCUAUUAUUUAUUCCUUACGAAUGCAUGGACUUCUGUAUCCUUGUAUAGUAUGCACACUAAAUGCACUUCUCUGCCAGACCCUUACCUAUUUGAGAUUUACAGUUCAUUGUCAUUUCACACCCUGUGGCAGCACACAUUUCCUCGGUUAAACAAAGGCCAAUAAAAUUAAUGUGAGACUCAGGAAAAAGUAACUGGGUUUACUGAUAAUAUAAAAUGCAUUUAAUGAGGAUCUAGAAUAUGUUAGAGAUGUUCCAAAAAAGUUAAUAUUUUAAUAAACAAUAUCAAUAUGUAUAUAUUAGGAAUUAAACAAUACAUACAUUUUUUCAAGCUGCUUUCACCUUUGCAUUUUUCAUAAUUAAAAACAGUAGUGUUUGACCCACAGUUGGCUGUAAUACAAAGUGGCAGAGUCUUAUUUAAACUUCAAACAAUGUAACUUUCAGUUUUAAAUCAGCGUCCUUAAUUGAAUAGUGUUUGUAUAAAGCAAAGAAACUCCAGUGAGAGCAGCAAUUUCAAGUCGUGUACAAACAAGUCAAGGAGAACAUACUAAUCAAAGAAAUCACAAGUGUUAGUGGCCAAUCCAAAAAUGACAUUUUGAACAAAACCCUGUGUUUCUAUGUUUCAGAUUUAUUUUACUGGCUUUCCACCAUUUGCAAUUCAAAUGCAGAACUGCUCUUUUAACUUUAAGGGCAGAAUAUUGAGUGUGUUUCAGCCCUGCUCAAUUCACAUGAUACUAACUUAUACAAGUAGGAUACCUCAGUUUUUAAUUUUUAUAUGCAUUUUUUUUAAUUAAAAAGAAAAAGAUAUGAGGAUUAUGCUUCUGAGCAUACCUGUUAAUUAAUCAGUAGAAAGGUACAAAUAAGUGCCUGUUGGUACAUCCGGAAAUCUAAGUGUCUAUUACCACCUAGCACAAGGAUUGAGAACUUGAUUUUGGUGCCCUUAUUUAUGUAGCUGUUCCUUUUCAUUCCAACCAAUUAAUUAAUAGGGGACCUUGCUUGUUGCCAGACUAAAACCUUGACUGAACACUUCUUGAAUUCAUUCUUUCAAUUUUUAAUGUAUCACUGCAGGAAUACUCAAAGAUAUUCAUUUAUUAUUUAAGGGAUUUGUUUUCCUGAACUUUCUUUCAAAGGUUUUAAUCUUGUUUUGUUGAAAGUAUUUAUUAUCAAAUCAUCUGUUUGAUGUUUAUAGAGGAAUAUUUUGGAAAAAAAUAAAUAUGCAAUAAAAUAAAUAUAUUGUGAAAUCUGACAAAUGAAUAAAAGCAAAAUAUGUGAGCAUAAAUAAUUGUCAUGAAACGUUUUUCUUGCUUACCACUUUCUGUAUUUAUUUAUUCAUUAUUUUUUUCAGUGGCACUGUGUGCAACAUGCAGUACAAAAUGAAAUGAAAACAGUCAUUGUCACCUGUCAAAGCCGAGAGGGUGAACUCUAGCGAGUACUGUGUUUUGAUUGGUGAAUCGUCAGUGAAGCAGCACUUCAAAGUUGUGAUGAAUGUGUGCAAGAAUUAGAUGCCUAUAAUGACUGUGCAAAGUGACUACUUUAAUUCAGGAAGCUGGAAAUUCAUCAUCCGGAUGAGUUUAGAUUUGUAAAUUAUUGAAAGAGUGGACUUAAAUCUUUGACCAAGAAGUGCUAUGUUUGAAGGCAGAUACCCCACUUCAGAUACAGACUCCUGAGAGAAUGACAAAGUCAGGGCUUCUUGAAUUUGCGUAUGUUCUUUGUGCAGUAAUUCUGGACACCUUUUUCUUGCACUUGUGUCCACCAUGAAUGUGCAAAAUCACAACUUUCAGCAUAUGCUUUGCUGGCAUUGGGAAUCCUUUGGCUUGUAGAGAUGUACAAAGUUGUGAGUUGAGUUCACUUUCUCAGCUCUGACAGGUGAAAAUAACAGUGUUCACUUCAUUGAAUAAAUCAUGUUACUUGCAGUGUCACUGAAACAAAGACAGGAAGAAAUGAUGAAAUAAGUACAUAAACAAAUAAGCAGCAAAAACAUAUUUCGUAAACAUUUAAUUAUUUAUGCCCAAAAAUAAAUGUGGUUUUAUUUAUUUGAUGUCACAUUUCACAAUACAUGUAUUUCAUUGUAUAUUUAAUUUCUUUUAUUUUGACCAAACAUUUCCUCCAUGGAAGAAGAGCAGACAGGUGCAAAAGAAAUGAAAAGAACAACUUGUGGCACGUUCUCAUCAUCAGUGGAUCGGCUCGUUUGCUGUAAUUUUGAAGAAAAAUACCAAAAAAUAUCAAAGAGGCUAAAUAUUUAUAAGAAUGUGGUUUCAUAAUUUGUAAUAAUGGAACAUGCUGUGGUACGGGGGCAAAAUCUGGGCCCAGUCACCAUUUGUGUUAGGUUUGUACAUUCUUUACAAGUAUGUUUGGGUUUUCUAAGCAAUCUCCAGUUCUGCCCUUCUUCCCUGAAAUGCUCAUAUAACGUUAAUUGGAGAUUCUAAAAUGACUGGAUAUGAGUGAGUCUGUGCUUGAGGGUGCAUUGUGACGGAAUGGCAUACUGCUCUGUGCUCGAUGCUACUUAGACGGGCCCUUCUCGUUAAAAACCUCAUUUUGAUAUAAAUCAGUGCAUUAUAAAAUAGAUCCUGUGUACUUUAGCUGUGACAUCAGUACGUUAAGCUUUGCAUUUUUCAAUCCUUGCUCAUCUUAAAGAAAUACUCCACCCAAAAUUGAAAUUUUUAUAUAUGUUGCUUACUUGUUUGUAGUGAUGGCUGGAAGAAAAAAACGUCAUCGCGUGUUUUCAUGUAGAAUGAGAGAAAACCAUUUAUUAUAUAAUGGACGUAAUUGUUGACCCAUUCUAUCCAAUGGCAAAGAAUGAAAAAUGUUUAUGGAAAACAAAAUUCUCACAUUACUUGUGUUUCAUAAUCUGCAUGUCAAUUCCAGUAGAAUGGUCAAAACAUGAAAAAAACAUGCAUUUUUUGCUUAAAUUUUAUUACUGCUUAUUUCUGGAAAAAAACAGCAAAGAAUGUAAACAAGAAAGGUGCAUUCCCAUAUUUCUGUGCCUUUGAACCAAAGGCCUGUAACCCUCGCUUCGUUCAUUGGUCAAAAGUCCUGUCUUCAAUUCAAAAACACAGAAUUUUAGAAAUGCACAUUUCAACUUUAUGUUCUAUGCUGGUUUUUAUAGAAGUAUUAAUAAUAUUUAAGCAAAAAAAUACAUGUUUUGAGCAUUCAACGAGAUACCAGACGUGGAUUAUGUGACACAAUUUCCAUGAGAAAUUUUUCCAUUGAAAAUUUCCACAUCAUUUGCAGUUGGAAUAAACAAGUUUACAUUCAAUUAUAUCAUGAACUUUUUUCUCUCGUUCUGCAAGAAAAUAUGAGAUUAUAUUUUUUUUAUUGGCUAUCUCUACAAACUACAUUAGGUAAGUAACGUAAAAAAUAUAUGUAGUUUUAGGGUGGAGUAUUCCUUUAAUUUGGGUGACGGAACAAGCAACACAUUCUGAAUUUGUUCUAAAUGUUGAUGAGGCCUAAUACUGACUACAGAGUAAAGUCACAAACAAUUCAGUUGUCAAAGGGAAUGAGUGCGUCAGUAAGAAAUUGUGUGAAACAUAAACCAUCAUGUGCAGGAGACACUCGAUCAAAGUCUGUGAAUUAUAGUAACGACCAGAUGAAAAAAAAGGUGAAUAAAGCUAGUAACACAAGGCACUGUGAAUGAGUAUGCUAGACACGUUUUUUUUGUUAUGUGCACUCAGCGUCUUCUGUUGGAGAGCCAGAGUACACUGUGGGGUAUGGGAAUGGGAGGUCCGGCUCUCAGUGCCCAGUCUGGCUGCCUACCUCCUUGCCAUGUCACAUGCAUCUGCACCCUUUGGCCAUUUCCAGAUAUUCUGUUGCAUUGUGUAUUAUUCAGGUUAGAAACUGUGUUUACAAGAAAAAAAAUGUGUGUGUGUGUGUAUAUAUAUAUAUAUAUAUAUAUAUAUAUAUAUAUAUAUAUAUAUAUAUAUAUAUUAUAUACACACACAUACAUAUAUAAGUACGCAAGUGGGAACUACGAUUUAUGGUAAACCAUAAAAAAGGAAAGAAGUGAUAUUGUGUGAAUCUUUGUAAAAGUUUAAUUUUAUCGCACACUUGUGUUCUAGAACCCUCUUGAUGCAAAAAUGAAUGGCCCAAGCCGCUGUGUCCAUGUGGCAUGUGCUGCAGUGCCAAAUCACUGUGACACAAUUCAGUGUUAUGCUCUAAAGUGCACAUUAUCUGCAAGCAAGGUAUUAUAAGCAGAAAUGUUAUGUAUGUGUUUUAGUCGUCGUUCUUAAAUGUUUAGGAACUUGUUCGCUUUCACUUAACAUAAAAUUUAUAUUUUGUCGAGGUGAGUUGUGCCUGUGUACUUUUCUAAAAGAAUUUAUAUAUGAAAUAACUAACUGUGGUAACUUGUGGAAUAUAAAAAAUGUUGUGCCAUUUUAUUCAUAUGUAAAUGUUAACAGUAUUCCAAGAGGCUCAAGUUGAGAGUCUGUAAAUCUGCAUCAAGAUCCAUCAAUGGAUGGUUCACUGUAUUCCUCACAUGCUCACAUUCCAGGCGUGGUUUUUGAAUUUGUUGUGUCUUAAUUGUAUUGUUUUCAUAACACAGUAUUCUUUCAAAAACUAUACUAUGCUAGUCCGAAAAGUAGUCAUUUUUGUAUUGUAGUGUUAUUUUUGUAAAAAAAAAAAAAAAAAAAAAAAAAAAAAAGUUCAAAAAAUCCAACACCAACGACAUUUUUAAAAAAGUAUGUGAUUUCAGUUACAUUUUGUAUAGCCUUGCACAUGGAUUUUAAUAAAGGACUUAUUUAUUUA